AUGUUGGUUGAGAAUGAAGCUGAUUUGUUGGACAUGUUAUACUUAAAUAGUGAAAGAAUUAACAUUAAUGUGUAUGUUGAGAUAAAAGAAGUUGAACCCUUAAAUAUAUCAACUGAUAUGGAUGACCCUUAUGAGGAUAUGGAUUAUGGAGUGGAUGCUGAAAAUAGUGAGGGAGAGGAAGAGGAUAGUGAUGAGGAAGUGGGUGAUGAAAACAAUGAGGAAGAGGAUAGUGAUGUGGAGAAAGAUGAUGUGUAUGAUUUUAGGAAAGAGAAUCAAGAUUGGAUGGCAGAAGGUGAUACUGAUUAUGUUGAAACUAACAGUGAUAGCUCAGAUGAUAAGUAUGUAGGGUUUCAAGACAAUGAUGAAGACUACAAUGAUGAAGACUACAAUGUGGAUUGUGAGGGUGGCCCGUCAGAUUAUGAGUUAAAUGAUGAAGCACAUUCUGAUUCAAGUGUAGAGAUUGGUGUGGAAUAUCCAAAGAGAAAUAGAUCAAAGAGCAAGGAUUGGGAUAAAAAUAUUAAAGGGAAGGAAUAUGUAAAGGUUAAAGGACAACCUAUAAAACUAGAACAAUAUUUAUUGUUUGAAAAUGUGAAACAUUUUAGAGAGGUGUUGACAUAUUAUACAAUCCAAGAAGGGUUUCAAAUUAGAAAGAUAAAAAAUGAGAGUUCAAGGGUAACUUGUGUUUGCAAAGCCAAAGGUUGUCCAUGGAGGAUCCAUGCCUCCCCACUGCCUUGUAAGACUUACAUGAUAAAAACAUACAAUGACAAUCAUUCUUGUGUGAGGGGUGAUAAAAAUCCAUUAGCCAAUUCUAUAUGGAUUGCAAAGAAGUUUUUUAAGAAACUCAAGCAAAACCCACAAAUGGCAGUUGAAAGUCUGAGAACUGCACUGCAUGAAAAAUAUGGCAUUAGGGCAAAGAAACAACAAUGCUAUAGGGCAAAAAAAAAGGCAUUGGAUGUGUUUAAGGGUAACCAUGGGAAGUCAUACAGUUUGCUGCCCUCCUAUAGGAAUGAAAUUAUGAGGACAAACCCUGGCAGUUUGGUCACACUUGAUUAUUAUGAUGCUGAAUUCAAUGGAGUGAAUAGAUUCAGAAGGAUUUUCAUUGCUUUUGAUGUUUUGAGGUCUGGGUUUAUAAAAGGCUGUAGGCCAUUCAUUGGGUUAGAUGGCUGUUUUUUAAAGGGCCGACAUGAUAGAGUGCUUUUGUCAGCUGUGGCCUUGGAUGACAAUAAUGGUCUAUUCCCCAUUGCCUAUGCUGUGGUAGAAAGUGAAAGGAAGGAGACAUGA